GGUGACCCAAGUGGUCCGCGUGGGCCUCCACUCGUGCCCCGCGGGUGAAAUAACGCGGCCGCAUCACCACCACCCCCGGAGCAUCGCGAAAAGAUCUUUAUCUCGCCUCUCCUCACUCCUCGCCGUUUCUCUCUCCUCCCUUCCGCCUCAUCCGCCGCCCGCCGCGAAAAGCCCGCGCUGAAGGCGCCGGCUAGCCGUGGAGAGCCUCGGAUUAGAGCGCGCCCGGUCGAGAGACUUUAAAGCACCUAUGUUUGGGAUUGGUUGAUAUGAUCCUUGGUCACGUUGGGGGAUGUCCCCCUCCGUGGGGGGGGGGGGGGAGGUGUCAUUGAAUAAGGUGGCAGUACUGUUAGGCGAACUUGUGUCUUACUGAAGGUUUCUUGGUUUCAAGGCUCUUGAGCUACCAAGUAUGUCAGCCUCAAAUGAGAAGUGGAUUGAUGGGCUUCAGUUCUCAUCACUGUUCUGGCCCCCACCGCAUGAUGUGCAACAGAAGCAGGCACAAAUUUUGGCAUAUGUUGAGUACUUUGGCCAGUUUACAGCUGACAGCGAGCAAUUCCCUGAAGAUGUAGCGCAGCUCAUUCAAAGUUGCUAUCCAUCAAAAGAAAAACGCUUGGUAGAUGAAGUAUUGGCAACUUUUGUCCUUCAUCAUCCCGAGCAUGGUCAUGCAGUUGUACAUCCGAUUCUUUCACGUAUCAUAGAUGGGACCCUGUGCUAUGACAGGCAUGGUUCCCCAUUCAGCUCCUUCAUCUCUUUAUUUAGUCAGACUUCUGAGAAAGAGUACUCGGAGCAAUGGGCCUUGGCCUGUGGAGAAAUUCUUAGAGUUCUAACUCACUACAAUAGGCCAAUAUUCAAAGUUGAGCGCCAAAAUAGUGAAGCUGAAUGCAGGCACACGUCUGAUGAGGCUACAUCAAGUGAUUCCUCAGAGAAGAAAUCUAACAAUUCUCCAGGAAAUGAAUCUGACCGGAAGCCAUUACGGCCACUCUCUUUUUGGAUCACGGACAUAUUGCUAGCCGCACCUUUGGGUAUUAGAAGUGACUAUUUUAGAUGGUGUGGUGGAGUUAUGGGAAAAUAUGCUGCUGGUGGAGAAUUGAAGCCUCCAACAACUGCUUUCAGUCGAGGAUCUGGGAAGCACCCACAACUUAUGCCAUCCACCCCCAGAUGGGCUGUUGCCAAUGGAGCUGGAGUUAUAUUAAGUGUCUGUGAUGAGGAGGUAGCUCGUUAUGAGACAGCCAAUUUAACUGCAGCAGCUGUUCCUGCACUGCUGCUACCUCCACCUACAACACCCUUGGAUGAGCAUUUGGUUGCUGGUCUGCCCCCUCUUGAACCAUAUGCUCGCUUAUUCCAUAGAUACUAUGCAAUUGCUACGCCAAGUGCUACACAGAGGUUGCUUUUCGGUCUUCUCGAAGCGCCACCAUCAUGGGCUCCAGAUGCACUUGAUGCAGCAGUACAACUUGUUGAACUCCUUAGAGCAGCUGAAGAUUAUGCUACCGGCAUGCGGCUUCCAAAGAACUGGAUGCAUCUACAUUUCUUGCGUGCGAUUGGUACGGCAAUGUCAAUGAGAGCUGGUAUUGCUGCUGAUACAGCUGCUGCUCUGCUUUUCCGUAUACUCUCUCAACCAACGUUGCUUUUUCCACCACUGAGACAUGCUGAAGGAGUCGAAGUACAUCAUGAACCACUGGGUGGCUAUGUGUCAUCAUAUAAGAGGCAGUUGGAAGUUCCUGCAUCUGAAGCCACUAUUGAUGCCACGGCACAAGGCAUUGCUUCCAUGCUGUGCGCUCAUGGCCCUGAUGUUGAGUGGAGAAUAUGUACCAUCUGGGAAGCUGCCUAUGGUUUGCUACCUCUGAGUUCGUCAGCAGUUGAUUUACCCGAAAUUGUUGUAGCCGCUCCCCUUCAGCCACCUACACUGUCAUGGAGCCUAUACUUGCCAUUAUUAAAAGUAUUUGAGUAUCUACCUCGUGGAAGUCCAUCUGAAGCAUGCCUGAUGAGGAUAUUUGUGGCAACAGUUGAAGCUAUACUCAGAAGAACUUUUCCUACAGAAACCUCGGAACAAUCCAGAAAACCAAAAAGUCAGUCAAAGAACCUUGCUGUUGCUGAACUCCGCACAAUGAUACAUUCACUCUUUGUUGAAUCCUGCGCCUCAAUGGACCUUGCCUCCCGGUUGUUGUUUGUGGUAUUAACUGUUUGCGUCAGUCAUCAAGCUUUGCCUGGGGGCAGCAAAAGACCAACUGGUAGUGAUAACCAUUCCUCUGAGGAAAUCAGUGAGGAUGGAAGAAACAGAUGUAAGAAGAAACAAGGACCUGUUGCUACAUUUGACUCGUAUGUUUUAGCCGCAGUUUGUGCCUUAUCUUGUGAGCUUCAGCUGUUCCCUUUCAUUUCCAAGAAUGGAACACAUUCAAAUUCCAAGAACGGAACACAUUCAAAUUCCAAGAACGGAACACAUUCAAAUUCCAAGAAUGGAACACAUUCAAAUUUAAAGGACUCUAUAAAGAUUAUCAUACCUGGAAAAACCAAUGGGAUAAGUAAUGAGCUGCACAAUAGCAUCAGCUCAGCAAUUCUUCAUACUCGCAGAAUACUUGGCAUAUUGGAAGCUCUUUUCUCCUUGAAGCCAUCAUCAGUUGGUACCUCAUGGAGCUAUAGUUCAAAUGAAAUAGUUGCAGCAGCUAUGGUUGCUGCUCACGUUUCUGAGUUAUUUCGUCGGUCCAGGCCGUGCCUAAAUGCACUCUCUGCACUGAAGAAAUGCAAGUGGGAUGCCGAGAUUUCAAACAGGGCAUCAUCCCUUUACCAUUUGAUUGACUUGCAUGGUAAAACAGUGUCCUCCAUUGUGAACAAAGCUGAGCCUCUUGAAGUUCACCUGACCCUUGCACCAGUAAAGAAGGAUGAUCAACACCACAGAGAGGAAAACAAUAGCAGCUCAUUGGAUUGUGGCAAGAUGGAAAACGAGAAUGCUUCAACCUCCCAUAAGAAAAACGGAUCUGCAAGACCACUCUUGAAAUGUGCAGAUGAGGUUCUACUAAAUGGUGAUGUUGCAAGUACAUCUGGAAAAGCUAUUGCAAGUUUACAAGUGGAAGCAUCUGAUUUGGCAAACUUCCUUACCAUGGAUCGGAAUGGUGGUUACCGAGGUUCUCAAACUCUCCUAAGGUCUGUUUUGUCAGAGAAACAAGAGCUAUGCUUCUCUGUUGUCUCGUUGCUCUGGCAGAAGCUCAUUGCAUCUCCUGAAAUGCAGAUGUCUGCAGAAAGUACAUCAGCUCACCAAGGUUGGAGAAAGGUUGUAGAUGCGCUUUGUGAUGUCGUUUCAGCCUCACCGGCCAAGGCUUCGACUGCCAUUGUUCUCCAGGCAGAAAAAGACUUGCAGCCUUGGAUCGCUCGAGAUGAUGAGCAAGGUCAGAAGAUGUGGAGAGUCAACCAGCGAAUAGUGAAGCUGAUUGCUGAGCUUAUGAGAAACCAUGAUAGCCCAGAAGCACUGGUAAUUCUUGCUAGUUCUUCAGACCUACUACUUCGGGCUACUGAUGGAAUACUCGUUGAUGGUGAAGCUUGUACUUUGCCGCAACUAGAGCUUCUUGAAGUGACCGCUAGAGCAGUUCAUCUCAUUAUCAAAUGGGGAGACUCAGGUGUAGCAGUUGCUGAUGGCCUCUCUAAUCUGCUGAAGUGCCGUCUAUCAACUACCAUCCGCUGCCUCUCGCACCCUAGUGCACAUGUGCGCGCGCUCAGCAUGUCCGUCCUUCGCGACAUCUUGAACAAUGGACCCACAAACUCCAGCACGAGCAGUCAAGGAGAACACCGGAAUGGCAUGCAGAGCACGUCCUACCAGUGCCUUGCAGCUAGCAUCAUCAACUGGCAAGCGGACGUCGAGAGGUGCAUAGAGUGGGAAGCCCACAGCCGCCGCGCCACCGGGCUGACGCUCGCCUUCCUCGGCACGGCUGCAAAGGAACUCGGCUGCCCCCUCCCUUGUUGACAAGGCCAUCUCCGAAACUGACAUCGGCGGCACUUGACGGUCAGUGCAAGCAGUUGCUGCAGGGUCAGUGAAUAGGAUGCUAAUCCCUUGCUGAAAGGAUGACUUGCCGACCCCCAUGAUGUGAUUUUAUACUGAUAUUAUGUAGUGUUCCAAAGCAUACGGGGCUUGCUCCCUUGACGCGGAUUAAUUUCAAUCUGACGUUAGAUGCUCGAGCUUAUGUAAUUGCUUGUUGUGUAACUUGUUUCAAUGUGGUAACUGAAGAAGCAGACACUUCCUUUGUAUUUCUUUGUACUCCUAUGAACAGUAAACACGAGCGAGGACACGCCUAUAAACAUAUCCACGCAGCGUUCGGUCGCAAACAAACA